AUAUAGUUUUGUGUAUUGUAUAUAGAGUAAUUCAGACACGAAACCUACUUAGCUGCACCUGAGGAAAGAAAAAAAUUUUUAAGUUUCAAAGUUAAAGAACAUUACAUAAUUUCUUUUCUCAUCUUCAAAAUAAGCACGUAAACAAUUUCAAGGUUGUUAUUCUUUAUUUAUUCACGUUAUUUUAUAAGGUUCAUAAACAUAAUUUACCACGAUUCACUGCUGAUUUUUCAUAUGAACUGCUGAACUAAAACAUAAACCUUUAUCAUAAGGAAAUUAUCUAUGACGUCAUCAUAAUAAGUUUUAUUUCAUCUCGGCCUACGGGUCGCAGUGCCUUCUCUCAACAGUUGACAAAAAAAAGUUUAAUGGAACAGAGAAUCGUACAAUGCAUAUACGUCAAUGCAAGAGUAACAAGUCAUGGACAUCGCGACAGAAAUACCAUGUAAAGAGCUGUGUGAAGAUGUGUCAACAUCAGGAAAAGCAAGAAGAGAAAAGGGAAGUUUAAUACCAAGUCGAUACAUUAUAGUCCUACUCGGGUUUUCAACAGCUGCAGUGAUAACAUGCCAGAGAAUGAAUUUAAGUAUGGGCUUAGUGGCUAUGGUAAAUCAGUCUAGUUCCAUUGACGUGGGGACAUCUAACUGGACGGAAUGUCCUGUACCGUUAUUGCUCGUUGUUGACGGUGAACACAAAUUGCAUCACCAUGGUGGAGGCCAUUUUACAUGGAACAGUGAAACUCAAGGCCUAAUAUCAAGCAUUAGUUUCUUUGGGUUUAUGAUAAGUCAGACACCGGGAGGCAGAAUGGCAGAAUUAUUCGGUGCAAGACAAGUAUUGUUAAUAAGUAUUCUUUUGGCUUCACUCAGCAAUAUCUUGUCUCCUGUACUAGCUGAUUUUGGACCUUUUGCUUUGUUGGGAAUCCAGUUUAUAAAAGGUGUUUCACAGGGCGUGCAACAACCAGCAAUGAAUUGUCUUAUGGCAAAUUGGUUUCCCUCACCGGAGAAAGGAAUUUUGAGUUCUGUCGUGUUCUCCGGAUAUCCAGGAGGCUGCGUGAUUGGUGGGCUGAUAUGUGGAAUACUAUGUGAUAGUGGCUUUCUAGGAGGUUGGCCUGCUGUAUUCUAUGUUUUUGGAGCCCUUGGACUGUUGUUAGUUGUUGCUUUCUAUUAUCUUUCACCGAAUACUCCCGAAGAAGACAGCAAAAUAUCAGAAGAUGAGCUGAAAUAUAUAUUGAGCAAUCUAGAUAUAAACAAUACAUCAGAGAUUCAAGUCACGCCUUGGAAACCAAUGUUGAUGUCACCUGCAACUUGGGCCUUUUUUAUCGCAUUGUUUGGACAAUACUGGAUGAUGUUUUACUUAAUGACUGGUUAUCCUAUCUACCUCAGUAGUAUAUUGCAUUUCACUCAUACAGAGAGUGGUUACAUGAAUUCUUUUCCGUACAUCGGACAAAUGCUCAUACCUUACUUAGCUAGUUAUCUAUCUACUUUCGUGGUGAAGAAAGGAUAUUCUUCUGUAGAUUUUGCACGUAGACUUUGCAACUCUUUAAGUUGUCUUUUUUUCUGCCUCGGUUUGAUUGGAGUUUCAGUAGCCGGAUGUGAUCGAACUCUGAAUACCGUAGGUUUCUUCAUCGCUAUUAUAUCUGUUGGAAUUGGAUAUUCUGGAAGCUGUAUUGUAGCGCUAGACAUGACGGCAAAUUUUGCAGGUACACUGUUUGGCUUGGCUGCAACUAUUGCUAGCUUAUCUGGUUUUCUUAUCCCAUUAAUUGUUGGAGCUCUAACUCAUCAGCAAACUUUGGCACAGUGGAAUGUGGUGAUUUACAUAUCAGUUGGAGUCGUUUCGGUAAGUGGAAUUGUGUUUCAUUUCUGCGGUUCUGCAAAUCUGCAGCCUUGGGAUUCAUUGGAAGAAAAUGCCUAUAAAGAUGGAGUAGAAAAUGAAGCCUAUGAGCAUGAUGUAAAAUAUGAUCAAUUUUGGAAAGUUGUGGAAGACAGAUAUAUAAGUGAAAAUGGACACAAUUUGCCGGAUGUUCUCAUUGAACGAUUAUAACCGGUUGCAUCUAUGAGGAGCAGUUCAAAUACUACGUAGGCAUAUUAUUGAUAACUUACAUAAUCUUUCUCCUUAGUAAGGAAAAAUAAGCAAAUCGGAAAGAAUUUAAUAUGCUGUUAUAAAAAAAAAUUUAAUAUAUUUUCCCCAAAUUUAAUUAUUAUUAUUUGUAUAUUUUGCAAGAAAUUUUUUGGAUAAAAUUUAGCUUAUUACUUAAAAACCAGAAAUUACAACUUUUUAGAAGUCAACGUAUUAUUUGAACCUCUCCUCAUAAUGAAACAUGCUGGAAAAACUACUUAAUAUUUUGAAGAAUUGAAACAUGCGUCUCAUUUAAUCUGAAAAAAACUUAUUUCUAAUUUCUGCUUUUACUUAGCAAAGACAAGGUAUUAUCGAAAUAUUGCCCUUGUUAUAUGUUUUUUAGAAUCAUUGUAAAAUCGGCUACUUUUGCGUAAAAGUAAGUCAGCUAUUACAGUAUUCUGAACUGUUACGAAAAUAGCUAUUCUGCUGUUGUACGGUCGACAGUACUCAAGUACAGUCGAACCUCAUUAACGCGAAAUCACUUAAAGUGAAAUAUUGCUUUAAAUGAAGUCAAAUUCAUUUUAAUUCGUAUGAAUUUAGAAGCAGAAAAGAAACUCUUGAUUGAUUCUUCAAAAUGUUUAGUUUAGAUCCGAACAAAUAUAACUUUAUUCUGUGUGAUCAGAAUUGUGUGUAAUAUUCUCAAUGUUUGAGAAACUACUUUUUUCAACUUUUAAUCUAUUAAUCCAUUUGUAGUUAAUUCCAAAGGAAAACUCAACAGGUUUUAAAUUAUUUUUUUAAACACUUAAAUUUACUGACACCAUAGAAAUUUCUUCAGUUUUUUUAAAACAAGUGGUGACAAAUUUGUUAUGAAACAGCUGGAAAGUUUAACAUUUAACUUCCACUUCAUCUUUAUUUGCAGAAAAACAUUAACUCUGGAUAUACUAAAAGGUGAAAGAUGCCGAUUAAAGGGUUUCAAUUGCUCUAAAUUUCAUUUUUCUUGUUCUUAAUCAAUUCUUAUAAAGGACAAUGGGCUUUGACAUACGUUAUGACUCAUGUUACAUUUAAUGAAGCAUUAGAGCUUUUUUCUUAUCAAUCACUACUUUCUCAAUAUUUGAGAAAAUAGUACAGAAAUUGCAAAUAGUGAAUAAGUACUUUUAAUUCACCAAAUGGAUAUAAAUCAAUUUAUUAUACAGUAUGUAUAUUACAUAUUGUAAUGUUCAUAUUUUUUGUUUUGAGUUUUUGUGGAAAUAAAGAUUUUUUAAUCGAAAA